UUCCCCGCUGCUACACUGCCGUCCUCGCCCGGCCCCGCGCCGCGUCUCCCACCCCAGCCCGGCUUUCCUCCCCGGCCCUUCAGUUCCCGCCCGCAGCGUCCUGGGUCACCCGGCUGCUCCCGGCCGAGUCUCGGGCUCGAACAGCGCGGAUCGACACCCCGGACCUCCCCUGGGCGCCAGCGCCUCGGCUCCUACGGGUCCAAAAUCAAGCCGGAUUUUUUUUUCUUUCUGGAAAUUGGCUUUGGUGUGCUGCCCUACCUCCAUCCUCCCCCUCCCACCACCCCCCUUUUAUUGAGACAUGGCCCGGGCAGUGGCUCCUGGAAGAGGAACAAGUGUGGGAAAAGGGAGAGGAAACCGGAGCUAAAUGACAGGAUGCAGGCGACUUGAGACACAAAAAGAGAAGCGUUUCUCGCGGAUCAAGACAUUGCCUCGCGGCUCUGCUUUCCCCCAGACCGGCUGCGGAUUUUACAGCUCUAGACCGAGUUGGAGCGCUUCGGAUUGUCCAGAUCGCCUUCGGCUGCCUUUGCCCCGCACGUUCUGGUUCUCCCGCGUCUGCCUGGGGAUCUGGUGCCGGGAGAAUGGAGAGGGGGCUGCCGCUCCUCUGCGCCGCGCUCGCCCUCGCCCUAGCUCUGGCCAGCGCUUUUCGCAACGGUAAAUGUGGGGAUACUAUCAAAAUUGAAAACCCCGGGUAUCUUACAUCUCCUGGCUAUCCUCAUUCUUAUCAUCCAAGUGAAAAAUGUGAAUGGCUGAUUCAGGCUCCAGACCCAUACCAGAGAAUUAUGAUCAACUUCAACCCUCACUUCGAUUUGGAGGACCGAGAGUGCAAGUAUGACUAUGUGGAGGUCAUCGACGGGGAAAAUGAAAACGGACGUUUAUGGGGCAAGUUCUGUGGGAAGAUCGCCCCAUCUCCUGUGGUGUCUUCGGGGCCAUUUCUUUUUAUCAAAUUUGUCUCCGACUAUGAGACCCACGGUGCAGGAUUUUCCAUACGCUAUGAAAUUUUCAAGAGAGGUCCCGAAUGUUCCCAGAACUACACCACAUCCAGUGGAGUGAUCAAGUCCCCCGGGUUCCCUGAAAAAUACCCCAACAGCCUUGAAUGCACUUAUAUUAUCUUUGCGCCAAAGAUGUCAGAGAUUAUCCUGGAAUUUGAAAGCUUCGACCUGGAGCCUGACACAAAUCCUCCAGGGGGGAUGCUUUGUCGCUAUGACCGGCUAGAAAUCUGGGAUGGAUUCCCCGAUGUCGGGCCUCACAUCGGGCGUUACUGUGGACAGAAAACCCCAGGCCGCAUUCGCUCCUCAUCGGGCAUCCUGUCCAUGGUUUUCUACACCGACAGUGCGAUAGCCAAAGAGGGCUUUUCCGCCAACUACAGCGUCUUGCAGAGCACGAUCUCCGAAGAUUUCAAAUGUAUGGAAGCUCUGGGCAUGGAGUCAGGAGAGAUUCAUUCUGACCAGAUCACAGCUUCUUCCCAGUACAGCACCAACUGGUCUGCAGAGCGCUCCCGCCUGAACUACCCUGAGAAUGGGUGGACUCCCGGGGAGGACUCCUACAAAGAGUGGAUACAGGUGGACUUGGGCCUCCUGCGCUUCGUCACCGCCGUGGGGACGCAGGGCGCCAUUUCGAAGGAAACCAAGAAGAAAUACUACGUCAAGACUUACAGGAUAGACAUCAGCUCCAACGGGGAGGACUGGGUCACCAUCAAAGAAGGAAAUAAACCUGUUAUCUUUCAGGGAAACACCAACCCCACAGAUGUUGCGUUUGGAGUUUUCCCCAAGCCACUGAUAACUCGGUUUGUCCGAAUCAAACCCGCAACUUGGGAAACAGGCAUCUCUCUGAGAUUUGAGGUGUACGGCUGCAAGAUAACAGAUUACCCUUGCUCUGGCAUGUUGGGGAUGGUGUCCGGACUGAUCUCUGACUCCCAGAUCACAGCGUCCAACCAAGGCGACAGAGACUGGAUGCCCGAGAACACCCGCCUGGUCACCAGUCGCUCGGGCUGGGCGCUGCCGCCUGCGCCCCACCCCUACGUGAAUGAGUGGCUGCAGGUGGACCUCGGGGAGGAGAAGAUCGUGAGGGGCGUCAUCAUCCAGGGCGGGAAGCACCGCGAGAACAAGGUGUUCAUGAGGAAGUUCAAGAUCGGCUACAGCAACAACGGCUCGGACUGGAAGAUGCUGGCGGAGGACAACAAGCGCAAGGCCAAGUCUUUUGAGGGCAAUAGCAACUACGACACACCCGAGCUGCGGACGUUUCCACCUCUCUCCACACGGUUCAUCAGGAUCUACCCUGAGAGAGCCACUCACGGGGGACUCGGGCUGCGGAUGGAGCUGCUGGGCUGUGAAGUGGAAGCACCGACAGCCGGGCCGACCACUCCCAACGGGAACCUGGUAGACGAGUGUGAUGACGACCAGGCCAACUGCCACAGCGGGACAGGUGACGACACCCAGCUCGCAGGUGGGACCACUGCGCUGACCACAGAAAAGCCAACCGUAAUAGACAGCACGAUGCAAUCAGAGUUUCCAACAUAUGGUUUUAACUGCGAGUUUGGCUGGGGCUCUCACAAGACAUUCUGUCACUGGGAACAUGACAACCACGUGCAACUCAAGUGGAGUGUGUUGACCAGCAAGACAGGACCCAUUCAGGAUCACACAGCAGGAGAUGGCAAUUUCAUCUACUCCCAAGCUGACGAGAACCAGAAGGGCAAGGUGGCCCGCCUGGUGAGUCCUGUGGUCUACUCGCAGAACUCUGCCCACUGCAUGACCUUCUGGUAUCACAUGUCCGGCUCCCACGUCGGCACGCUGAGGGUCAAACUGCGCUACCAGAAGCCGGAGGAGUACGACCAGCUGGUCUGGAUGGCCAUCGGACACCAAGGAGACCACUGGAAAGAAGGCCGCGUGUUGCUCCACAAGUCACUGAAGCUCUACCAGGUGAUUUUUGAGGGUGAAAUUGGAAAAGGGAACCUCGGAGGGAUCGCCGUGGAUGACAUUAGUAUUAACAACCACAUUUCACAGGAGGACUGUACAAAGCCGGCAGACCUGGAUAAAAAGAACCCAGAAAUUAAAGUUGAUGAAACAGGAAGCACCCCAAGAUAUGAUGGUGAGGGAGAAAAAGAUAAGAACAUCUCCAAGAAGCCAGGCAACGUGUUGAAGACCCUGGACCCCAUCCUCAUCACCAUCAUAGCCAUGAGUGCCCUGGGAGUCCUCUUGGGCGCCAUCUGCGGGGUGGUACUGUACUGCGCCUGCUGGCACAACGGUAUGUCAGAGAGAAACUUGUCUGCCCUGGAGAACUACAACUUUGAGCUCGUGGAUGGCGUGAAGUUGAAAAAAGACAAACUGAAUACACAGAGUACUUACUCAGAGGCAUGAAGGCGGAGGGAGAUGAAAGCACGAGCCGGAGGAUUGACGUGGAAGGACACGGCGCGCGCGUGCUGGGAACUGUUGAUCUUUCACUGUAGGGCUGGGAGGUGUGUGGACAACGCUCAGCCAGGCUUUUCUCAGGAGCUUCGAUGAGUACCGCCGACAGGCGUGAACACGGGAGCUGUGUCAACGACCGGAAUCAUGUACAGUCAGCCUUUUCUGUUGGUUUCAUUUGAGUAAUCAGAUGCUGGUGUUGAGACCAAGGAUGAUUGACUUCAUAGUUCAUUUGGACUCCCCUUCCCCACUCUCUCUCCUCUUCCUCUUCCGGAUUCUUUUUGGAAACUGUGCAAAAUCCAAGAUGCUGGCGCCCAGUCUACUCAGUGGGGCCCUUUGGAUGGACAUGCUACCUGUAGCCCGGUGCCCAGAACACGUUAGAUCACCGCACUCAGUGGACUCCUGGAGUUGUGCUUGUGUGUAACCGCCCGAGUCCUGCGUAGGCGGCGAAGGGCUGGGAUGUUUAUUUUGGAAGUACUGUAGCCUCAGUACCAGUCUAGUGUGUCAGCUCUGUUUACGAAGCAAUACCGUCAACCUUUCUUGAUGUUUUCCAGUGUUGUACUAAAUAAACCUCGUGCUUGUGAACUCCAUGCCGAAAACCGUGCCAUCACCCAACACUGCUGGCAACUGGGUGCACUGCUGACAACCACAACAAAGACCCUUGGCACUGGCUCGUCUAUGUCCUCUCAAGUGCCUUUUUGUUUGUACUGGUUCAUUGUGUUCCAUUAACGGCCCACUCCGUUUUCCUCUGGUGAAAGCCCUCCUCUUUAAUCAAACCCUGGUGGCCCACUGACCAAGAAGAAAGUAUAUUUUAGUGUGAGAUGUCAGCCCCCGGGAAGGCAAGGGCUCUGAAGAUUUGGCAAUGUGGCUUAAUUGUUCUGCUUUUUCUGUAGUUCAAUUCCAUGUCUCUUGACCCUUUUGUAUAAAGCUGCAAUAUUCUCUCUUCUUGUUCUUUCAUAUGGAAUGUAUUUUCAAACGUAAACUCUUUCUCUCUCUUUUUCCUCUCUCUGUCUUUUUUUCUCUCUUAGAACUGAAGCAUUUGCCAUUGUCCAGAAAAGACACUUACAGCUUUAACCUGCUGGGAAUGGCAAACAAUUUUGCUAGACUUUAUGUUUAAAAAUAAAUAAAUAAGGGAAGUCCCUAACUUUGCCCUCCAAAGUCUAACUUUGGUUUUCUUGUUAACUGGUUAAAGUGACAGUAUCUUUUUUCCUGAAGCCAUUUGUCUGUCUCUUCUGAUCAAAAUGAUCUUUGAUAGAAAUGUUUGCAUUUAAUCGAAAUAGCAGUAAGUUAAGGAAGAAAAUAAUGCUAAUUGGCUUUCAAGUGAGACCCACGAGAAGGGCUGAAUCAAAUCUCCCAAAUAUCUAGUAAGAACAUGAGAUUUUUACAUCCAUAUAUGUGACAAUGACCCAUGAGAACUCCUUGUUUUGAAUUGAGUCACACAAGGGAAGUAGAAGGAAAAACAAUUUAUUUUAAGAAAAAACUAUAAAUCCCGGUGCCUACGGGUGACAUAUUUUAAGAUAAGAUGGGGGAGGGGACUAGUAAAGUCAAAACAAAUGUUUAAAAAAUUUUAUUCAGCAGCAGCUCUGAAAAAAAUAGAAUUGAAUGAAUGCUUCUAGAAACUUCCAACCACUCACACAGAAAAAGCCUGCCUGGGAGCUGGCAAGUCCGAAUCCUGUAGCAGCACAGAGGAGAACAUUGCAGGCAGCUUGUGAAUUAACCCAAAGAAGCUUUGAUUGUUCUCGGUGUACUUUUUCACGCCAUAUGCAUGUAAGAAGCUUUCAAUCUUCCUCCUUCCCCAUGUUGCCGUCAGUCUUACUCAGAUUCAUUUGUUAGGGGGCAUAUUUGCAUCAUAGGCAAGACAGUUCAUCCAUCUUGGUUUUAAUUGGAUUGAGAAUGCCUUUUGUUUCCAGGAAAGUAUUGAUCACCAAGAAAGAAGAAUAGUUUUUUUGUCCCCAGAGGCAUUCAUUCAGUUGUUAUAAUCAUACCAGGAGAAAAGUACUAAGUAAGACGAUUUUUUUGAAGGCAACAGACUUAAAGUUGUUCUCAGCCAAGGAAAAAUGAUACUGCAACUUUAAAUUUUAAAGUAUCUUGCACUGAUAAAUAUAUUUAAAAAUUAUAUGUUUAUAAAGUUAUUAAUUUGUAAAGGCAGUGUUACAAAAUGUUCAGUUUAUAUUGUUUUAGAUUGUUUCGUAAUUUUUAAAGGUGUAAAAUAACAUAUUUUUUCUUUAUUGAAAUCUAUAAAACUUUCUGUAGUAAAAUGGUUUCAUUUUACUGGUAUAUGAUUGCUUCAUGUUUUGUACCAUCAUAAAAUUUUGUGCAAAUUUUUUUUACAGAAAUUUUUAUUUUCUAUGACACUUGUAAAUUGUUGUUUCAAAAUGAACAGCGAAGCCUUAACUUUAAAUGACAUUUGUAUUCUCAGACACUGAGUAGCAUAAAAACCACAUAGAACUGAACUGUAACGUAAAUUCCAAACUAUGACUACUACAUUCCAAAGAAACAGUUGAAUUAAACAUUUUCAUAAAAUA